AUGGAAUGGCUUCAUCAUCCCAUUGAUCAUCGUGCAACAAAAGAGCAAUAUCAGAAAUGGAGACUGCAGAAACACCAUUGUCUUCCAAAUGAUAAUUACUUUCACCGUUUACUUCAAUCUGGUAUGAUCGAUGAAAUGGUUGUACUUCUCGGAGAACGUGAAUAUCGAAAAAGACACAAUUAUCGACUCAAUGAAGUUCCUUUUCAUUCUUCCGAUGAAGAUGACGAACACGAAGAUGAGUUUCCUACAAAAAGUUUUAAACCAAAUACUCUUCUACAACGUGAUUCUGCAACACGGACUGAAUCUGAUAUAGCAGGACUCCAAUUAUUUGAUUAA